AGAAAAACCAGGAAAGGAAAAAGAAAAGAAAAACCGGCAAACUCGAUAUAAAUACACGCGCCUGUAAGAAGUCCAGAUCAGCGAUCACCGAAUUGUCGAGAAUACCCUCGGAGCUCAUAUCUCACCAUAUACGAGAAAAAAUAUCCCCAAUUUUUUUCGAAACCCUCAAUUGAGCCAUUCAGCUAGGGUUUUCUAGAUACCGCAGAACGAAGCAAGCGAGGUUCGUAUAGCUGUUGUUUGAAGGAGGCAGACAAAGAUAUCAUUCCGAGCUGCAAUAGGAGCUUGCCUUGUUGGAGGUAUAAGAUGCCAAGGACAAGAGCCAGUGCUGCAACUAGUAAAUCUUCUGAACCUGAAAACCCUGUUGAGCCUGAAGAACAGGUUGAACUUGGUGCUGACGACGACAUGGAAGAGACCUUGGAAGAAGAGGUUGAGUACGAAGAAGUAGAGGAAGAAGUAGAGGAGGAAGAAGAGGAAGAAGAGGAAGAAGUUGAAGAGGAGGUGGAAGAAGAGGAAGACGAGGAAGAAAAUGAUUCUCACAGACACGAUGCUAGAAGGAAUCCCAGUCGUGAUGAUGACAUGGAAAAUGAAGAAGGCAGAGAGGAUUUGGAUAAAAAACAUUCCGAGCUUCUUGCACUUCCUCCACAUGGUUCAGAGGUGUAUCUUGGUGGAAUUUCACACGAUACUUCUGAAGAUGACCUGAAGCGCUUCUGUGAAUCAAUUGGGGAAGUUACUGAGGUCAGAGUGAUGAAGGGAAAGGACUCGAGUGAAAACAAGGGAUAUGCUUUUGUAACCUUCCGGAGCAAGGAAUUGGCUUCUAAGGCUAUGAAGGAACUUAAUAACACUGAAUUGAAGGGGAGAAAGGUGAAGUGUUCUACGUCUCAAGCGAAACAUAAGCUGUUUAUAGGUAAUGUACCCAGAAACUGGGGAGAGAAGGAAAUGAAGAAGGUUGUGAAUAAAGUAGGGCCUGGGGUUGUUACUGUGGAACUUUUAAAGGACCCGCAAAACUCCAGUAAGAAUCGUGGAUUUGCUUUCAUCGAGUAUUACAACCAUGCUUGUGCUGAGUAUUCAAGACAAGCAAUGUCUAAUCCCAAAUUCAAGCUUGACGAUAAUGCUCCAACUGUUAGCUGGGCUGAUCCAAAAAGUGCAGAAUCUUCAUCUUCUCAGGUCAAAGCGGUCUAUGUAAAGAACUUGCCAAAAGAUAUAACUCAGGAUCAGCUUAAGGACUUGUUUGAACACCAUGGGAAGAUUGCGAAAGUUGUUCUUCCUCCAGCAAAACCAGGGCAAGAGAAGAGCAGAUACGGUUUUGUUCACUUUACAGAAAGAUCAAGUGCCAUGAAAGCUCUAAAGAACACAGAGAAAUAUGAGAUUGAUGGCCAAGUUGUAGAGUGCUCACUGGCAAAGCCACAGGCGGAUCAGAAAACUACAGGGGGGUCAAACUCACAGAAGACAGCUAUAUUUCCAAACUAUCCACCUCGCAUGGGAUACGGCAUGGUUGGACCUCCUUAUGGUGGUCUAGGUGCAGGAUAUUCCGGUGCAGGCUUUGCCCAACCCCUAAUGUAUGGAAGGGGAGCUCCUCCAGGUAUGGCUAUGAUGCCCAUGCUUUUGCCCGAUGGAAGGAUUGGAUAUGUCCUGCAACAGCCAGGAAUGCAGCAGCGGACCCCACCGCCACCUCAACAUAGAGGGGGGCGCAGCAGCGGCGGUGGUGGUGGAGGAAGUUCGAGUGGGGGAAGACGUGGUAGUGACAGUGGACGUGGACGAAGCCGUUAUAAUCCUUAUUAAUAAUUUCGAGUAAAGUUUGCCUCAAUUUUAUUUAUAUAAUGAUAAUAUAUAUGGUUUAUUGAGGUAAAUAUGAUUAAUGGAGAAAAUGAAUUAAGGGAUGGGCUGUGUAAUUCAGUAGAAAGCCUUUUUAUUAGAUUUAAAGUUUAAACAGAGCUUUGCUAAAGAAAAGUAUGACGUGGAGUUGGACAUAUUGGCAAUUGCCAUUCUAACCUCUUAUUUGUUUGUAUUUACAAUUUUCUGUACGAAAAAGAAAUAUUAUUGCUAUUUAGCCACUGAAUUUGUCUUA